UGUUUCUCAUUAUUUUCCAUUAUUUAUCACUGGAAUUGUUGAAUUAUAAAAAUAAGCUAAUGAUAUAGAAAUAAUUAUUUGUGUUUACAGCCAAGCAAAUUUAGGACAGCCUAAUGGAUGUUGAUAUUUUGCUUGACAAUAAAGAAUACUUGUAUGGUGAUGAUUUUCUUGAGCAGUUAACAAAAGACUACCAAUGGUCCUCAGUGUUGGAUGCAACUAAUGCAUCUCCAAGUGAGAUAUUAGCAGAUGCCGCUUCAUUCCUUAUUCCGCCAGUUUCACCAAUACAGAGCAUCAAAUCGUCUUCCAAUGAUAGUAGCAAUUCAGACUCGAGCAGUGAUGAUGACUCCAAAAACAGCUCCUCAAAUACCCCCAGAGAUUCUUCUGUGUCACCAUUUGAUUGGAUCUCCAGUUUUGAAGAUGAACCUGCAAAUAAUUUGAAUUUAGAAGAUAUAGAACAGUUCCUACAGAAAUGUGAUUCCUCCAACGCCGUUCCAUCGUUGACUGUACAGCCGCCAAAUGUCAGGCCGCCGGAACAUACACAGGCCCGGCCGCACCACAGGCCGGUGGUCGCCAUCGAGAAUGGAGUCAUCAAAAUAGAGGGAAUCAAAUAUGAAAGUACAACCAUAAAUCAAAACUUCACGAAAACCCAACCCGUGGAUAAGGAUGCUUGUCAAGUCAAUGGCCGCCUACCAAACAGACCAAAUUAUUUCAAAGUAGUCAAUGAGCACAGCUCACCCACAGUCAAAGACCAAGUUGUGAACAAACAAAUUAAGCUGGUGGUCGAUCAGAAAAAAGUGCCCAGUUUGCUGUUGGAUCAAGCUAACAUUCCGGAAAGCACGAUAGGGGGCAAGAUCGCCAUAUCUCCUUUACCUCAUAAAGUCAACUACCAAAGAAAGGUGUCGCCGCCUCGAAACAAUAUAGUAUUGUUGCCCGCGGUACCGAACGCCAGUUCAAAUGGAGGAGUACAAAAACCAAUCACCACAGACGAUAACUCCCUAAGCUCUGUAGACUUAUCUAAUUUAACUGAAGAAGAAAUCAAAGCGUUGAAGAAACAACAAAGGAUGAUAAAGAAUCGUGAAUCAGCGUGCCAAUCGCGUCAGAAGAAGAAAGACUAUGUACUCUCCCUCCAGCACCAACUGAUGGAAGCUCAUAACGAGAUCGCGCAGCUGAGACGAGAGAACACCGAGCUCCGGAGCCAGCUAGCUCUCUGCCCCCCGAGGGGCCGCAAGAUCCCGCGUUUGGACGGGAGGGUGUUGAUACCUAAGAAGAACAUCGCCGUGUUGUGCGCUAUGGUGUUCAUGGUGUCGGUCAACUUCAACAUUUUAGGGUGGGGUUCUAAACCACUGGUGGGGCCUUCUGGCACUCACGUCGGCACCAGACACUUAUUGUGGUCAGAGGGUAUCAAAGAGGUCCCCGAGCCAAGUCAAGUCGAUAGAGAAUUCCAAGACGCCUCAAACCAGAGCGCGUACAGCGCCGACUGUCAGAACGUAACAGUGAAAGACGCGGGUCACAUAAAUCAGAAUGAGAGCAUUAGACUCGCUGGCGAGCUGAAGCGGUGGAUCGGACGCGGCACCACGCUCAACUGGACGAACAAUGAAGCCAAGGCAAAGAGGAGGACUAGUCGGUACUUCGCUGAUAAUAAAGUUACCGGUAAACUCGCUGGCGAGCUGAAGCGGUCGAUCGGACGCGGCACCACGCUCAACUGGACGAACAAUGAAGCCAAGGCAAAGAGGAGGACUAGUCGGUACUUCGCUGAUAAUAAAGUUACCGACACGGGGCACAUCAAUCAGAAUGAGAGCAUUAGACUCGCAGUCGAGCUGAAGCGGUGGAUCGGACGCGGCACCACGCUCAACUGGACGAACAAUGAAGCCAAGGCAAAGAGGAGGACUAGUCGGUACUUCGCUGAUAAUAAAGUUACCGACACGGGGCACAUCAAUCAGAACGAGAGCAUUAGACUCGCUGGCGAGCUGAAGCGGUGGAUCGGACGCGGCACCACGCUCAACUGGACGAACAAUGAAGCCAGGGCAAAGAGGAGGACUAGUCGGUACUUCGCUGAUAAUAAAGUUACCGACACGGGGCACAUCAAUCAGAACGAGAGCAUUAGACUCGCUGGCGAGCUGAAGCGGUGGAUCGGACGCGGCACCACGCUCAACUGGACGAACAAUGAAGCCAAGGAAAAGAGGAGGACUAGUCGGUACUUCGCUGAUAAUAAAGUUACCGACACGGGGCACAUCAAUCAGAACGAGAGCAUUAGACUCGCUGGUGAGCUGAAGCGGUGGAUCGGACGCGGCACCACGCUCAACUGGACGAACAAUGAAGCCAAGGAAAAGAGGAGGACUAGUCGGUACUUCGCUGAUAAUAAAGUUACCGACACGGGGCACAUCAAUCAGAACGAGAGCAUUAGACUCGCAGUCGAGCUGAAGCGGUGGAUCGGACGCGGCACCACGCUCAACUGGACGAACAAUGAAGCCAAGGCGAAGAGGAGGACUAGCCGGUACUUCGCUGAUAAUAAAGUUACUGGUCUCUUCGGGUCAUACAAGCUUUACAACAAGUUGAACCUAGAAGGUAAUUUCUACGAGAAGCCGCGCCUCCGCCGCGUGAGGCGGGGGAAGGAGCUCGAGUUCGGAACAGCUAUGAUGGACUACGAAACUAUUUACCCGAAGGUGACGCCCGACUACGAAUACGGUGAGUUCGGCGAGUGGAACGCGUUGCUCCGCGCGCUACACCGCCGCGACGACACGUUCUACGUGGUCGGCGUGGGCAAGGGAGAACACCUGCUGUUGCCCGCCGUCUCGCACAACGUCACCACGCCGCCCAAGAUGGCGCUCAUACUGCCCGCUAAGACCGGGAACGAUUCCACGAUGACCGACCACGUAACACUAAUGCAGAUCGAUUGCUCCGUUGUGAACACUACCCUCGUCCAACUAAAGUCCGAAGCCCUACCCAAGAGCAUAAGAGCGAAAAACGAUCAGGUAAAACCCGCCGUCUACCCUUCCAAGCCUGACAAGAAACUUUUAUACAACAAGAGAAUGCCGGAUAAUGUCGAUGCACUCCACAACAUAAGCAAUAAUGUAUCCAACUACCCAGUAAACCAGGACCGUGAUAAAAACUUAGAUUUAAGCAAGGACGAUUUCUUCGCCCAAUAUUUAUUAUCAAAAUACGAAGAAACUAAAGGUGAUACGAAACAGACCAAUAGUAGUAGAACAGAGAAAGAUGAAACACAGAAGACAGGUGCUGUCUGAUUUU